AUGACUUCUGUUCAUUGCGUAGUGCAUCCAUUACCAGGCACUGAUGACCAGCUCAACGACAGAUUGCGAGAAGUAGCAGAAAAGAUAAGUCACCAUGGUUUUUCUAGUCCACUUGCAUUUUCUGCAAUCAGAAAUCUAACAGUGGUACAGUGUGUUGUUGGGCCAAACUACAUAGCACUACUACUCGAGGAUGGAAGAAUUUGUCGUAUUUCUUUUGCUGUUGUCAAUGACCGAUUGGACCUCAACAAAGCAGAAAACAAACCAACCACAAAAGUCAGUCGUCCUGAACGGGAGAGGACGUCGGUGCCUAGGGCCGGAACACAUGUUGUGGAUAGUCCCAUGGUGUUGGUCUCUGAUGUCCUUGGAUCCAGUGCUGAACAGACUGCAGGACGAUGGGGCACAGCUGUAACUACAGCUGGAGGAGCAGCAUCACGUAAUAAUAACCAACAGGCUUAUAGUCGCAUGCAGAGAGCAGUCCAUGUCAGCAGAGGUCGGAGGUCAGGGGUCAUUGUAGGAACACGUCCUCUGGUCCCUGCAUCUGUAGUCCCAGAGGAUCUUAUAAGCCAGUGUCAAGUUGUACUACAAGGAAAGUCCAGAAACUUAAUAAUCCGAGAACUGCAGAGAACAAAUUUAGAUGUCAACCUUGCUGUGAACAACCUACUAAGCCGUGACGAUGAAGGAGAAGCAGAUGAUGACGACAGCCAGGACUCCUACAUGCCUGAUGAUCUUAUCUCACUCCUCGACUCCGGGAUACAUGCUGAUCAUCCAAGUGUGAUUAUUGACGCAGACACCAUGUAUAAUGAGGAUGUAUUUGGCUACUCAACUCUACGUACUAGAGGCUCAGGCACCAGGUCUAGAUUAGGUGACAGAGAAAGAGAUUUGGACCGUGACAGAGAAAGAGAGACAAUAUUCCGUAUUCGUGACCGUCGGAGACUGGACACCACACUACGUGACGAGGCCCUUAAGGCACUAGAUCGUGACAAGACUGAAAAUAUGGAAGCUGAAAAUUUAAAGAAGCAAACCAUGUCUGGUCAAAGUCCUGUUGCUUUGGGGGAGGAGCUCCAGUUCUGGACUGAAAAGGAAGGAAACUGUCCCAAAUUUUCCCACAUUGCUGCCAUGCAUUCGGAGUUAGUUGCUGUGGGAACUAAUGGUCAGCUGUACAGCUGGAGGUGGAAUGACCCCGAACCAUACAAAAAUCUGGAUAAUCCUAGUUUGAAACACCCAAAGGCCAUGUCUCUGUGUUUAGUCAAUGAAAACAUUGUUGGCUUGUCGGCAUGUAACGUACGUGCCUCGGUGUUCACCGAGUCGGAUAAAGUUGCCACCUGGGUUGACGAGACAUUGAACACUGUUGCAUCCAAAUUGGAGCAUGUUGCUCAGACCUUCCCAGAAUUCACCACUGACAAGAUUGUCUCACUGCACACAUGCUCACUGUACACAUGUGCCAGACUGGAAAGCGGGGCUCUCUACUGGUGGGGAGUGAUGCCAUUUGCCCAGAGAAAGAAGUUGGUGGAAAGGACGAAAUCCAAGAAAAAGAAAACAAAAGAUGGUCCAGCCUCCGCAUCAUCUUCUGGAACCAGUGAUAUAGUCACAGGAACAUUGGUAUGUCUGCGGAGCUCUCCUAUGUACCAUGCUGGAGCACUGGCAUUUGCAACCAUUGAUGGAGUACCAAAGGUCGGUCAAUUGCUUGGGUCAGCAUGGUCCCUUAGUGAUACCUGUCGAUUCAAGCUGAUUAAGACCCCACCAAGCGAACCAAAGCCAGAAGUCAAAUUAGAAGUUAAGGUCAGCGAAAGUCGCAUGGAGAUGCCACCUCCUCCCUCACCAGAUUCUUCAACCUGCAGUGAUCACAGUGGUCCUACACUGGUCAGCCCUGCCUCCCUCAAGAGAAAGAAAGCUCCAACACCUAUCAAGGAAGUUGAAAAGAAGGAUGAGGAAAGCUGGCCGUUGAAAAAUGUGAUAUUUGUUGAGGAUGUGAAAACUGUACCUGUGGGGAAAGUGCUGAAGGUCGAUGGAGCGUAUGCGGCAGUGAGAUUCCAGGUAAAAGACAACCCCGAAGCAGGAGGUAGUAAGGAAGAUUUGACCAGUCUCUUACAGGACUGUCGACUUCUCAGGAAGGAUGACCUUCAGGUUGUGAAGAGCGCAAGUGCCCCACGACUGCCAGAUUGCUUCCAGAAGACGCCCAAGAAAGUGACAAUUUCUGAGAAUGGGCAGAUCCUGGCAGUAGCUGUAGACUGUGAUGGAAUACAUGUCAUCUGUCGCUCUGGGGCACGACUUAGUUAUCUUGUAUACAACCUUACAACAGGCAAAGUGGAGCAAGACUCUGUCUUCCCAACAGAUGCUCAGGCCUUUAUGGGAAGUCAUCGCAGUGAUAUUACACUGCACAACACAGGAGACGAGCUGCUGGUCCAGCUACAGGAUGGUAAUGGGGCUAUCUAUCCACUUGCUAAGGACUGUACGGAGGGGAUUCGAGAUCCACUCUGGCUCAACCUACCCCCUGUCAGGUGUCUAGGAAUGCGGGUCCAGUCGUUAAACAACAUGAUUCCAAACAUGAAAAACAAGGCUGCUGUACUGGUAUUGGCAGUCAAGCUUCAAGUUCUGAUUCCUCACAUUCUUCGCUGUAACCUUGAGAAAGUCAAAUCUAUCCUUGCGUCCUUAGAGAAGGAACCAGGAACAGCGUCUAGUCAGAAAUUGUUACAAGAUUUGCUGCGUGAACACUGCGACGGUAACCGAAACAUUAUGCACACCUGUGUGGCUAUGUGUGUACCCACCUCUAACAAGGAUUAUGAUAAUGAUACUGCGGCAGCAGGGACAACGACUACAACUACUCCUACCACGACUACAACCAGUGCCUUCACAUCCGCACUGGAGGCCAUCAACGCUGUCAGCAGUGCUGUAGAUGCCCUUGCUGCCAUACAAUCACGCUCCACUACAGACCCCAGCUCCCGCAGUGUGACCCUGCGGGAGAUGAUGCGCCGAGCCUCAUCUGCUGCCCGAGCUGUUAGUGGGAUGGAGGUCAGAGAAAGAGAGGAAAGGGAUGAGGCUGCCAUAGCAACGCCAAAUAUCUCCUGGAACCCAGACCCGCCUCCUAGUUACGAGUCACUGUACCCAGAGGUUAGCACCAUCUCCAUGGCACCAGUUAAACUGGAGGAAAAGGAACGCAGGACCAUUGCUGUACAGAUGCUGCGUCUGUUGUGUGAUUCACCGUCUCUGCAGCCUCAUCUUCGUGACCUAAUGUCUGCUAGGAAUGCUGAAGGCUGUACACCAUUCAUGCAAGCUGUAAAAGGAUGUGCCUAUGCAGGGGCCAUAACUCUAUUCGAAUGUGCCAAAAGGAUUGCCACCAAUAACUCUGGAGAACUUGACAAACCAUCAUUGAUGAGUAUGAUCUACCCGACUGGAUCAAGUCUAGAUAAUUCACCACUACAGGUGUUGUGUUGUAAUGACACCUGUAGUUUUACCUGGACUGGUCGAGAACACAUCAAGCAGGAUAUCUUUGAGUGUAAAACGUGCGGUCUUACUGGUUCACUUUGUUGCUGUACCGAGUGUGCUCGAGUUUGCCACAAGGGCCAUGACUGCAAGAUGAAGAAGACAUCGCCAACUGCCUACUGUGAUUGUUGGGAGAAAUGUAAAUGUAAGGCACUCAUCGCUGGACAGCAAGGACCACGAUUUGACCUCCUCAACCGACUCCUGUCAGAGACUGACCUUGUCGUACUGCCUAAUAGCAGGGGAGAGAAUAUCCUACUAUUCCUUGUUCAGACUGUGGGCCGACAGGUUGUUGAGCAGCGUCAGUAUCGGGCGUCGCGGCCUCGAGUGCCUGCCCCUCGCAAGCCGAUCCUUCCUGACAUAGGUCAGUGGACCCAACGGCCCACUGGACACAAAUAUAACAAAGCUAGCAAAUCACAGCUAGCCACAAAUGUUGAAAUGCCAGAGCAUGACCUUGACCCUCCACGGUUCAGCCGACGUGCACUGGAGCGGAUCUUGAAUGACUGGACAGCGGUCAAGGCUAUGAUCCUAAGUGGGAAGAAGCAGUCAAGAACCAGCUCACCAGAUCUGUUGUAUGAGGAUCAGCUGUAUUUGGAUAGUCAGAGUGGGACAGCCAGACUGGACAAAUUCACACACAACCUGCUGGUCAAGUGUAGUACUGAGAUGCUGGAUACCCUCCUUACAACAUUGAUUCGUGAGAUGCAAAACGAUAGCGUGGAGGGUAGAAAGGCAGAAGCUCGCACUAUAGCACAACGAUUCUUACGCUCUGUUGCUAGAAUAUUUGUUGUCCUGAAUGUAGAAAUGACGCCUUCUACUAAUAAGAAAAAGAGCUCGACCUUGACAUCAUGUCAGCCUCUUGUGAAAUGUAAGAGAGCAUUCCAGGCUUUGAUAAACAUAGCUAUCGAGGAACUGUGUGAGAUUGCCAACUCCCUGAUUGCCCCAGUCCGAAUGGGUGUGACUCGACCCACAGCUCCAUUUUCCCUUGUGUCGGCAAACGGCGAGGCUAUACAGGGAAGUGAAGAGGUAUUUAAUGUAGACCCAAUCCCCCCUCGAUCCGAACCCACAGAUACUGAUACACACCCUGUCACAACCUACAUCCCCCACCCCAGCCAGGCCCGUCGUCAGCCAACCCAUCCCAACACGGACCGUGAUGACGAUGACAUCAUGGCAGCCGAUGUGGAAGAGGUUGAAGUUGUGGAUGGAGGGGAAGAUGAGGGAAGUGACCAUGACGACCGUGAUGACCACCAAUCAGAACACUCUGAUGCUGACCAUGGCCAGGCCGAGCAGGAGGAAGGUGUUGCUGAAAGUGACAUGGACCUUGAUCUUCUUGCUGAGUCUGAUAGUGACAGUGAUAGUAGUCAUAGCAACCAGGAUAACGUCAGUGUACAGCGCAGUGCUGUUACUGCAGCAACUGCAGGCUCAGAUGCAGGUCUCGGUAGUCUAGCUCACUUUUCUGAGGACUCGGGUGAAUCAUCCAAUCAAGAGGACGACUAUGAAAGUGAAGGUGACCAAAGCGAUCAAAAUGACGCAGACGAUAUGAACUACAUCGACGAACAGCUGGAGCGAUGUAACACAUCAGGUUCCCAUGGCCAGCGAACACUCCAGGCACCACAGACCAUGCAGUGGGCUAUCCGACAAAGGGAGGCAACUACAGCUCGUCCUCCCCCAGCCACUGGCACGACCACGAACACAGGAGGAAGUGGAGGACUUAUCUACAUUGACCCAUCCACACUAAGAAGGACAACAACAGUCACUACAACAACUCCAGCAGUACAGGAUACGGCUGUUACUAUGACUACCACAGCAAGUCAGUUAGCACGUGCAUUUGGAAUUGUAGUACGACAAAUCGCAGACUUACUGACAAUGUUACAAGACUACCAUGCAUUAGCCCCUAGUUUGCCACGUGUGCUUGACAUCACCGAUCAGGACUCCAUUGAUCUACAGUUAUACACAGAAGACCAUCUAAAGAUAACGUGGGAGUGGCUUGUUGAUGUGAUGGACGCCACUGAGGCACAGUUACGAUUUGGUUCUGCUCUCAGUCAUACCACAGACCCGGCCAACCCUGGUCAUCCUCUUCACUCCAAUUAUGUGCGUACCAUGCGAGACCGCACAAACAGGGAGGAGAACCGUAUCUUACAGGUUUUAGAUAGACGUCGCGCAAGAUUUGGUACCAUUGGCUCUGAUGGUAAUGUGGCAAGACGUGACUUCCUUAACUACGCCCUGUCUCUUAUGAGAUCCCAUAAUGACGAACACUCCGACACACUCCCUAGUCUCGACAUUUCCGCCAUGCGUCAUGUCGCCUAUGUUUUUGAUGCACUUAUAUACUACAUGCGCAGUAGUACAGACACAGAUAGUGAGGUGUUCCGUGAUGGAAUAUCAGUAAUAUCAUGGGACCAUGAUGAAAAUGAAAACGAGGAGCAUGAAGACGAACCAGUAAACAACAGUCUGUCGAUGGAUGCGGAGAGUGUUGACGGUGAAAGUGAUGUCACUGCCAAAUCUGGACGAAAACAUUCAUUCUUCCAUCGAACUGAUUCAACCAUUUUCCUUGGAUGUCCACCUCCGGACCCUUUCCAGACACCACUAGUGGAAGCACUGCCAUUGGCAGAUCAGCCUCACCUGCUUCAGCCCAACGCACGCCGUGAGGACAUGUUUGGUAUGAUCCAUCACUCUGUACCACCACACCGUGGCAGUUCUGAUGGAAAUGCUCCACAAACAUCACCCCACCGUACUCAUUUUGAUAAACUUCCUGUACGUAUGGGAUUUGCUAGUCGUAUGUCUGAGUCAUCUCAGGCGUCAGGACAAUCUAGUGGACUUGUGUUUUCUGCAACCGGUGGAGCACAGCAGUCUUCCCUGGCUCCUGACUUAGGAUUUAGUAACCCAAGUGUGAUUGUGAAACCUUCUAAUGUGUCUACAGCUGGGGCCACACCUGUUCCAAUGGAUACUGGCAGCAGAACUGCUGUGGAAAGUAUCGUACAACAGGCAACCAACAUUGUUCUACAGGGAAGUUCUUCCCUGGGAUCAAGUUCUGGAAUCCUGGGGUCAAAUUCUGGGGCCUCUUCUACACUGACUGACAUGGUUACAGAAUCUCCAGCCUCUCCGAUCAUACCAAAACCAAAGGUUCAGGAAAAUUCAGGUCAAGGUCAGCAGGCAAGUGUCAUUGUUCAUGCAAGUUCGUCCUCCUCUCAGACUCCCAUGAUGGCUCAACCACCUUCAUCACAGGGAGUGGCACUGUCACACGACGUUCUGAUGAUACCAGCUAGAUCUGACAGCAUGACGUUUGGUGCUGGAAAUCGUAGUAGCUCUAUGAUGUCAUCAGCUAACAGUGAACUCACACUGACUGGACUAGGCAAUAUUGAUCAGGGGUCUUCAUCUUCAGGUCAAAGGUCGUCACAAAGUCAGAGUUCAACCAUGGAUGUAAACAGCAUGGACCUGUCACAAGGGUCUGCUUUACAUAGUGGAGAAACCUCCUCAGCCCAGGCAGGAAGUAGCCUGUCAGUGCCACCUAGUGGCAGUUUAUCAACUGGACCCAGUAUUCCAUCAACAGGGUCACUCUCUACUCUACCAUCAUCCUCCUUAGCAGGCAGCCUUGGAGACACCAUACAGAGUUCCAGUCUUGACACUCCGGUGGAUAUUGUCGGAGCCCAUGAAAAUGUGUCCAACACAGUUGUUGUGGAAACGUCGCAAACUGGAGUUCUCUCCCCUGCCACAGGAACUCAAGCUCCUAAUAGACACCAGAGUAAUGAGCAGAUGUACAUUGGUCAUAUGACAUUGGUAUCGCAUGAUGUUUUGUUGGGACGAUGGCGUCUGGCCCUCGAGUUGUUCGGAGGCGUGUUUUGUGAUGAUGUUGGAGCGGAGCCAGGAUCUGUUAUUAGUGAGCUUGGGGGAUUCCCAGUCAAAGAAAGCAAGUUCCGACGUGAGAUGGAGAAAAUUCGAAACUCGCAACAGAAAGACCUGACAUUGGAGGUGGAAAGGGACAGGAAUCUGCUGAUCAUACAGGCCUUCCGACAACUUAACACACUCUUCAACCGACGUACCAACAGUAAUAGCCAGCCCUUGGCUGUUCAUCGUGUCAAGGUCACAUUUAAAGAUGAACCUGGAGAGGGUAGUGGAGUAGCCCGGAGCUUCUACACUGCCUUGGCUAAUGCCGUUUUGUCUCAGGAGAAAUUGCCUGCUCUGGAUGGUGUGAUGGUUGGAGGCAAAAGUCUGCAAUACAGUUUGAUCCAGAGAGCACGAUCACGUGAGCGAGAACGUGACCGUCAGAGAGCUGCAGUUCAGCGACAGAGAAGUCGUGACCGUGAAACACGACGUACAUUGUCGUAUGAUGCCCCACCAUUUUACAUGCCAGCAGAAAGUGCCAAUGCUAAUCCUGCGACCACACCCCCCAGUGUGGCUGUGCCCAACCCCACAGAGGGGGCAGGUGUGCCCCCACCAGAAGGUAGCAAUAGUGACACGAUAUCACAGUACCGUAGACAACUGGGCGAGCGUUUGUACCCCAGGGUGCGAGUUUUACAGCCAUCACUGGCCCCAAAGGUUACUGGAAUGUUGUUGGAAUUGUCUCCUGCCCAGCUCCUUUUGAUGCUAACGUCUGAGGAGACGUUACGACAACGUGUUGACGAAGCAGUUGACAUCAUCCUUUCACACGGCCGAGAACUGAGUGCAGAAGCACUACUUGACCUAGAUAUAUUUAAUUUGUCAUCAUCUGACAAGAAAAAGAAGUCAACGGGUUCAGACCGUCGUAGUGAUGUUGAGGAAGAAGAUGAUUUAGAAGACAAUGCCCCAUUAUUCUGGCAACCAGGGAAACGAGGAUUUUACUCACCAAGGCCGGGAAAGAACACGUCUGAACGACUGAACGCAUUUAGAAAUGUUGGCCGGGUACUUGGUUUGUGUUUACUACAAAAUGAAUUAUGUCCACUUUUCCUCAACCGACAUGUACUGAAAUAUAUCCUGGGCCGCAAAAUCGGCUGGCACGAUUUGGCGUUCUUUGACCCUGUUAUGUAUGAGAGUUUACGUCAGCUUGUCCAAGACUCUGAGAUGAGAGAUGCCUCUCUUCUUUUCACUGCCCUGGACAUGAACUUUUGUGUCGAGUUGUGUGCAGAGGAGGGAGGAGAACAAGUGGAGCUGAUGACAAACGGCUCAGACGUUGAAGUUAAUGCCCAGAAUGUGCAUGACUACGUACGCCGCUACGCAGAGUAUAGAAUGGUGAAGGUCGCAGACAAAGCACUUAAGAACCUGCGCCUCGGAGUGUUUGAUGUUAUUCCAUCCAAUUCACUUGAGGGUUUAACUUCAGAGGACCUGCGUCUUCUUCUAAACGGAGUUGGGGAUAUAAAUGUACAGACACUUAUUAGCUACACUUCUUUUAAUGACGAGAGCGGUGAAAACAAUGACAAGGUACAGAGAUUUAAACGUUGGUUCUGGUCAGUGGUGGAGAAAAUGAACAACCAUGAACGCCAAGACCUGGUAUAUUUCUGGACGUCCAGUCCUGCACUGCCAGCUAGUGAGGAAGGAUUUCAACCAAUGCCCAGCAUCACAAUUCGGCCAGCAGAUGACGAUCAUCUCCCGACAGCCAACACCUGUAUUUCACGUCUCUACAUACCCCUGUAUUCUUCCAAGCUUGUACUACGCAGCAAGCUUAUACUGGCCAUCAAAACCAAGGCUUUUGGAUUUGUCUGAGAUGUGUUGGGAAAUUUUGCAAUAUACACUAGAAAAUGUCACUAGAUUUUAAUUAAGAUGUGACUUUCUGAAAGUAUCUGUUAUGGGUUGCAAAGACAAUUUCCAACCCCGAAAUAACGAACUUACUAAAAUCAUUGUUGCCAUGUAUCUAUUGAAUAGAAAUGGAUAAAGAAACAUUUCAAAUUCAGCUGAAAUAUUCCAAGAUAUUUUGUAAUAUGCCAACUUCCUCAAAGAUAACUUGAGUGUUUGAUUGAGGAUGUAUGCGAUUGGAGAACCAGGAAUUUCCAGGAUAGCAAAACGAACGUUUUGUCAUAUGAGCCUCGACCGUGUGGGCACAUAUUGAGAAUGGAGAGCACCUGUGACAGCAAUUAUUUCAACUUUAUUUAAAUUGUUUUAUGCUAAGAUUUGACUUUUCUAGAAAGAAAAAAUUAUCUAUUUUAAAUAUAUUAACAAUAGCAAACAUUAAUUUUUGUAUAUCAAUAAUGAUGUUUCAGUUUUGCACGUAAUACUUCAUAGUUUUAAAAUACCACAUUCUCGAAGUUAAAACCAAAAUAUUGCUUUUGAUAUAGUAAAAAGUAUAUUAUCGUUGAAAUCAGUUUGGUGUAAUAGUGAUAAUAUGAGAAAACGAUAGCCACAUACAGUACAGUACUCAUGAAGAAUUUAGCUGGGAUGACUGAAACAGUCUUUAUAUUGUUUUGGAAGGCUUUAGAAUAAAGCAAAACAGAUUAAAAAAUGCUGACCUUUUCAACUCAUACUGAUUUUAUAUUAAUACAUGCGUUCUAAUAUGUGUUACUGGUAUUUAUAGGUUUUGCAUUCAUGAUGCAAUGAAUGCAGUUAAUAUUCAUUCAAAUUUAGUUAUCUUGCUAGAGAUAGGUAAUCUUAUUUAAAACAUUCAUAAUUCUGGUGGAUAUGAAAUAAGUGCUAUAAUUUAUUACUGGUAUGCUAUUUGUGUUGAGUGUACCAUGGCAAAUUAUUCCACUUAAGUUAUUUCUUUGUCCUUUACAAUAUCAUUAUUGUAAACUAGCAGUAAUUCUUUAAGUCAUCAAAAUGUUUUAGCAGAAAUCAUUUUAGGGUUUUCAGCUUUUGUCAACAGUUUUCAGCGUCGUCACGUAAUUUACCUAAUGAUAUACUGCUAUUUCAAGCUUACAGACUUAACACACUUUAAAUGAGUUGAUUGACUCGGUUUUGAAAUGAGUUGAUUGACCCGGUUUUGAAAGGAGUUGAUUGACCCAGUUUUGAGAUGAGUUGAUUGACCCGGUUUUGAAAUGAGUUGAUUGACCCGGUUUUGAAACACUCAUGGAACAAACAUUUAUCAGCAUAAAGUGUAAUAUCAUUUGACAGCAUUAAGAGAUGUUAACAUGAUUUGAUGUUAUUGAUUCAAGGUUUAAUUCUCUCUGGUAUUGUGUCUUUUUUAUUCUCUAAACAUUUCAUCCUGGUUUCAAAAUAAAAUUUCAACUUAUUUUGGUUAUAUGUCACAAUCUUGGAGCUCUUUUAUACCCAUAUAUUAGGCCUCUCGAUAAUCUGUCAUUGAGGUUUCAUAGUUCUAUCAAAUCUUACCUAAAGUGAAACUUCAAAGAGAAAUUUUAUGUUUUGAAUUUUUCAGGGAUUGAAUCAAUAUCUUCAGUUCUUUUACGUUUUACGUAAGGUGUACUGUCAAAAACUUUCUUUCCUGUAAUUCUUCCAUUUUUUUCUACAUAGUCAGAGAAAUUUGUAAUAAGAUAUCUAGAAAUGAUAUGAAUUACUCUGUAUACUACAUAAUCUAAUUUUUAGAAUUAGGUGAGAAAUCAUUAUACAGUACAGUAUGAUAACCAUGCAGACGUAUAUGUACUGUAUAUUGAAUCAUGGAUUUUAGGAUGUGAUCACAUUUUAGGCACAUGUAUGUCAUUUAUUUACUGUAUUUGUCCUACAAUAAGCCCAGUGGCCAAUAAAUUAUCUUUGUUCAAAAUUUACUUCAUAGAUUUAUUUGAACAGUAGAAUUUGUUGGCAAUUCUACUGAAGUACAACAUAACUGAAUUGGCUCCUGGGUGUUUGCUUACUGUUGAACAAAUACAACAUCAGUGGUUAUCGUAUGCUGAAUAAUAGUAUAAACUGGGCAAGUGAGACAUCUUUGUGUGGUUUGGUUGUUUUUAUGUGUGUUUUGUUUGUGAGAGGCAUGAAAAAUCUUAAGUGUGUCAAGGAAAAAUGAAUAACACAUUAUUUAAUAGUUGGGAUGUAUUUAACAUUGUAAGAUUUAUAAACACUGCAGUAGAUCCUACUGGAGUUUUAAGUAGAGGAGAACUUCUAAACCCUCAUUAUUACUCGUGCUGCUGUCAAUCCAUCUGAUUGUGAUAACAUACAAGAUACAUCAAGUAAUAUAUGCCAAGUUGUUCAAAUUGUAAUUAUUUCGGAAAUUGUGUAGAAAUUAUUCUAAGUGCAGUUUUCUUUUUUAUAGAAAUAUCUGAUAUCACAUGUUGUGUUUCUUUUAACUACUGAAGAAAGUCUAGUUUUGUAUUACAACCAUUAUGAUUUUAUCCUAGAAAUUUUUUUUUUUUUGCAAUAUGUAAUAUGUCAUAAGCUUUGAACAACCAGGCACGGGUUUUCCUACGUCGCAAAUUUCUCUAGAUUCCUGUAGCAAUACGCAAAAAUUAUAUAUCAAAUCUGUUCUGAUAUUGUUAGUACAAGUAUAUCUAUUACUGGAUGAUAUGGUCCUUUAUUUCAAAGUCAUUUGUCUAUGAUUGGAUAGCCAGAGAUUUUGAUUCGUUUGAAGAUAUUCUUAUUUUUUAUUUUCUUUUUGUCUCGAUGACCUAAGAAUUCUUGCACAUCGGGAAUGUACACUUGUGUUAGAUAAAUCAAACUGAAAUUGAAAAUUAAAUGAGUUUAGCAUUUAUAUCAUGCAAUUGAAUGUCUAGUGCAAGAUGAAUUAGAUGUGAUAAGUUUGAAUGUAGGAGUGGUUUAUAGACCAAACAUUUGAUGGAAUGUAAUUAAAAGAUUUUGGGGGGGUUUUAAUUAUAUAGAUAAAACAUCUUUAGUUUUAUAUUAUUGACUGUUUUUUGUCAAAGAUAUAUCAUAUGUCAGCCUCUUUUGAGGGUUAUUCAAAUUUGAUAUCCUAAAUAUAAAAGACAAACAUUGUGGAUUCAAAUCAUCAUCUGCAGAUUUUAUGUAAAUCAGACAAAAGUUGGAUAACUUGUGAAGCGGACAAGUGUUUUUAUGAUCAUGCUUUUUUGAGAGCUUGGUUAGUAACUCAACAACUAGCUUAUUGAUUAAAAAAAAUAGAAUUUUAAGGCUUAUAAUGUGGAUUUGUAAACCCCCACCCCACCCCCCCAUUCAAAAAUAAUAAAAAAAAAAACUUUUAAAAAGAAUCCUUUUCUUUAAGUUUCGUUUGGAUUGCAUAGUUUGUAAAAUCAAAUACCACUAGAAUAGUUUAUAAAAUAAACACAGGAUCUGAAGAGAUAAAUAUUUUUAUAAUCAGGGGACAAAAACAAAUUUAAUUUUCCCUGUUCUGUUUUUGAACUAAAUUCCAUCAGAUGUUGGUCCCGAGGAAUGUGACUUGUUUGAUUCUUCAGUGCGAGAGAGAUUGUGUAGUUGUAAGAGAGACGGUAUACAUUAAAGGAAAAUAUGGAAAAUUA